AUGCAGCGUCGUACAAGUCGCGGUCGGGAGUCAGGCUAUGAAAUGGAUGCAGAGACCCCUGCGUCCACUAAAGCCGCUGAAACAACGCUUGAAAACAAAGGAUCGACGCCAAUUCUCCACAACGCGGCGGCCUCCACCCAAGCAGAUCCAGCGACGGAGGAUCACGACGACAAGUAUCUCACAGGCUGGAAGCUUCAUGCUUUGAGCGCAGCGCUAUGGAUCAGCCUAUUCUUAUCAACGUUUGAAACAACCAUCGUCAGUACAUCAUUGGUCUCAAUCACCAAUGCCCUCAAUGGCUUUAUACUGCGCGACUGGAUCGUCACGUCUUAUUUGUUGACAUACACUGCCAAGCUUAGUGACGUCUUCGGAAAGAAGACGAUGCUGUUGCUGGCACUAUUAAUCUUCACACUUUUCUCCGGUCUGUGUGGCGCUGCGAAUAAUGUUGUUGAUCUUAUCAUCCUUCGUGCAUUCUUGGUGCCAAUCCGCAAAUACGCAAAGUACAUGGGCGUAAUGUCGACUGUCUUCAUCACUGCAAGUGUUCUUGGUCCUAUUCUUGGUGGCGUUAUCAGCCAGCACUCUACCUGGCGUUGGGUCUUUCUCCUCAAUGUUCCUGGAGGAGUUAUCGCCUUCAUCAUGAUUUGCUUCUUCCUCCCAGCAUUAGAAGAGUCUUCCAACCUCUCUCUACUAAAAGUCUUGCGGUCCAAAGUCCGACGGUCAAACUGGGUGCGCAUUGACGUGCUCGGUAUAGUGCUUCUGCUUGCUGCCUCAGUGUUGCUUGUAUUUGCGCUGGAAGAAGGAGGCACACGAUACUUAUGGAGCAGUUCAGUCGUCAUAUCUACGCUUGUCAUCGCAAUUGUGCUUUUCGUCGCGUUUGGGUUCUGGGAAGUACACGUCGAAAACUCUCCAAGCAAGCAUUUUAAACUACCUCUACAGAAAGUAAAGUUUGCAGGGGUUUUAGAGGAACUAGGCUUGCUCCUUUUAACCCGGAAAAUGUAA